AUCCGAACGACAAACAAAAAUGGCAGCCGCCAUACAGGGGCGCAUGGCAUCAUGUCGAUUUUCAAUAACAUACAGUAAAUUUCUGCACGGCGUAUUUAGAAGAGGGUAUGCUCAGGCUGAGCUGCAGUUCCCACACGAUAUCAACAUUGAAGAGGAAGUUCUGCAAAAGAUGGAAAGGGAGAGUAUUAAAAGAAGAAAACAUCCAGGUCGUUUUGCACAAAACAUACUACUUCCUGUUCCUGAGAAAUUAGUAUCUGCUGUAGAUAUACUUAUUGCAAAGUAUGGAAAGAAAUCUACAGCUGAUGAGGCAAAGAAGCUGGAUAGCAGCAUCAUGGGUCGCCAUCCUCCACCAGAACCGGAAGUAUUGCAAAAAAAAGUAGAUGCAAUAGGCAAGAGACUUGAGAAGAAAAAUAAAAAAGAUCCUGCUGCCAUGAGUGAAGAGGAGCUAGAUGUAUACAUUAAAAACAAGAGAAACAUGAUACAGUACAUUCUUCGAAAGACCUCUAACUUACAGAAGUCAAUUGAUUACACAGGUUAUACCACCAUUGUCUAUCUCUUGGCUCGCCUGUCAAAGAACUACAAUAUCAUCCGCACAUGUCUAUCUGAGAUAGAGAAGCGAAAUCCAGACUUUGCGCCCAGUGCAGUAUAUAAUGUAGGCAGUGGACUGGGAACAGCAGUAUGGGCAAGCAACAGCCUAUGGGGGUCAGCUGUGAAACAGUAUUAUUGUGUGGACAAAUCUACAGACAUGUCAACCAUUGCUAGGCUAUUACUACAGGGUGGAGAUGAGUACAAAAAGAUGGCGAUACCCGAAGUAUUUUUCAGAGACAAGCCACCCUCACAUAGCAGUCUACCGUUUCCAUUGGUUGUUAGUGCCUUCACACUAAUGGAGCAGCCCACCAGGACAGAUCGUCUGGAGCUAGUCAACCACCUGUGGAAGAUGACCUCCGAGUACCUGGUGUUGAUAGAGAAUGGCACUUAUGCAGGUCACUCUCUAAUACAGGAGGCAAAGGAAUGGAUACAAGAGUCAUCCAUGUUCAUAUCAGACGAUACCUCUAAUGAUGAACCCCAUGUAUUUGCUCCGUGCCCUCAUGAUAUGAAAUGUCCAAAGUUUGCCAUCAAGGACAUAAAAAUUGCUUGUACGUUUAGCACCAGUUAUAAACCUCUAAAGCAAUCUAAGAUUGCUUCCAACAAGCUGACAACUUUAUACUCCUAUGUGAUCCUGAAAAGAGGAAAGGUGGAUACUUCAGAUGUAAAGUGGCCACGGAUUGUCCAGGAAAUGAAACAUAAAGAUCACCACAGCCACUGUCAAAUGUGCUCUCACGAUGGAAGUUUACGGCACUAUGUUGUGUCGAAGAAAAAAACACAGAGACCAGUGUACGAAAUCAUCAGGCGUUCUCACUGGGGUGACAAAGUGCCAAUUGACUUAAAAGAAGCAAGCACAGAGGGUGCACUGUAUUAUUCUGAGGAAGGUGUCAGAUACCGAGUAAAACCGAAGCAAAAACCCAAACACCAACAGAUACAAAAGCAACAAUAUGCAGACUUGAUGCCAGAUAAUACUGAGCAACUGGAAAAUGUUAUAGACUCAGUGAAAGGCAUUUUUAAUCCAGAUGAUUCUGCAGACCAAACUGAUGAAAAUGCUUAUUAACCAGAUUCUGAUGAUCAAAACGACCACAAUUGAAAUGGAGAUGGAUUCAAGUGAAGGUGAUCGUGUUGAGCAUGAGGAAGGAGUAUUUAAACGAUGUCUCUUAGACAGCUCAUUUUAACAAUUAUUUCAGAUACAGAAUAAAGUAUAAUACAGUUGCCCUAGAACAAUUUGGUUUAUACUGAACUUAUCAAUGAUAAUUACCUUAUAGCAUCUGGUAAACUAGGAGCUCGACUGCUCAUCUAUGUAGCUGUAUAACUACUUGUCUUCUUACUCCCAUCCCCAAUGUUAUAUGUUUGCCUGGGUGUCUGUACAAUCUUUCGCACCUUCUCCCCAAUAACAGUUGCUAAAUAUCCAGUUUGACAAGCAUUUGCAUUCCGUUAUACACAGCUGUUUGAUAUAUUGGUAUAUUAGGAGUUAUAUAUGAGUCAAAAAAUAUUCAAGGCUAAAAUGUCAAAAGUCACACUUGAUCACCUUUGAAGUGAAAAGCUUGACAAAUCAUGUGUACCAGAUACAUUUAGUAUCUCGUGAACCACUCAACAGAUGUAGUUUUUAUCAUCCCCUUGCAACAAUUUGAGGGGAUAUAGGAUUUCGCAUUUACGUACGUACAUAUGGUAACUCUUUGUCAUCGCUCUAGCGACUUCAUUCCUCAACAGAAUUUCAUGAAACUUCAUACAAGUGUUUAGAAUGACAAUACCUUGAACAAUUUCGUAUUUCAGUUUCCUUUUUAUUAUACGCCCGUCGAAUUUCGACAGACGUAUUAUGGUUGUAGCGUUUGCGUCCGUCCGUCUGUCCAGUUAAAAUUUGGGUACAAGUUUCUUCAGUGGUGUACAGUUCAGUCAGAUCAUGUGUUAUUGUCCUAAUAUCUGGCAUGGAUGUUCAUGUGGGGUCUAACAAGGUCAAUAUGGAUUUAAUUUGGGAAAAUAAUUUCUAUUUUUGGAAAUUUUGGACGUGUUUGGGACUUCACUUUUCUCGCGCAAUUUCUCGGUUAAAGUUGUGGUGCGAGUUUCUACAGUGGUGUACAGUUCAGCCAGAUCAUGUGUCCUUAUGACAUUAUCAGGUACUUUAGAUAUCAAACAAACAAAAAAUCAUUGCAUAGGGUCAGACGGGUGUAUUAUGCAUUCGUUUGGGGUGCUCUUGUUAUUUAAAAUAACAACGCUUAAAAGUGAAUUAAUGUGAUAAUUUAUUGGCAUUAUUGUCCAACAUAAAUAACAAUAGCACUCUCGAAGCAUCCUCAGCACUCAUAUACAUAUAUCACCGAAGCAUCCAUACACAUCAACAUAUCACACUAACAACAUGGACUGCGUAGACAUGGACAAGUAUGUUCCCACUUCUUCGAUAAUUCCUAGGUUAACUUUCUGUCAUGAUUUUGGCUGUUUAAGACCUAUCAUAACCUACCUAAGUACAGCAUGAAAAUCAGAAAUGCGUACAAAGUUCCUGACUUUCACUUAUUAAAGGACAUUGCAAGAUCUUCAUAUGUGAACAAACUCUAGGUACAAAUCCUAAAUAGGUGCCACACAUGUUCUUGCAAAAGAAAGUGUACAUGUGUAAACUUUGAUCACAGCCUGAGUCUCUGCCUGCAGGUACAGAUAAAAUAUAACUACACAUCAUUAUAAAAAUAACUUUUUUGUUUACAAUUGUUUGUCUACUAGGAUUUCAUAAGUAUUUAUUGAGUGUUUUUAUAGUGUAAAUUACCCAAAAGAACUUGACUUUGUGAAAAGAAGAAUUACCUCUUAUAGAAAUAUAUGUAAAUCCACCCUCCUCAUCAAUUUAAAUGAAAAACAUUAUCUCGUGAACA